UCCCAAAACAAUAGAAAACAAAGAAACCCAUAGACAGAAACUUAAAGCUUUAUGUGAACAAAACGGUCGCUAACCUUUGACCAAACAAACUGUAAACACAUCCAAAGAGUGUGAAACCAAGUGUGGUUUCGUUGGAGAAGAAGACAAGAUGACUGACAUGAUUCCACCACAUUUGAAGAAACUUUGGGAUAAAUGGAACAUACGUGUAGUCAUAAUACUCAGUCUCUUCCUCCAAACGAUCCUUAUUUUCUUUGCACCGUUCCGAAGACGCACCGCAAAGAAGCUCUUCCUUGUGCUCAUAUGGUCAGCUUAUCUUCUUGCUGACUCGGCAGCUGAUUACGCGGUUGGGCAAAUAUCAGAUAGUCAAGAAGAAGAAGCUGAGUCAGAAAAGCAUUCCAAAAACAGUGAGCUGCUAGCUUUCUGGUCACCAUUCCUUCUCGUGCACCUUGGAGGUCCAGACACCAUAACAGCACUUGCCCUAGAGGAUAAUGAGCUUUGGAACAGACACUUGUUUGGUCUUGUCUGCCAAGCCUUCGCAACUGUGUAUGUGAUCUUGUUGUCUAUACCAAACGGGCUUCUGACUCCAACAAUAAUCAUGCUUGUGGGCGGAGUGAUCAAGUAUGUCGAGAGAACAGCUGCUUUGUUCUCAGCGAGUCUUGACAAGUUCAAGGAAUCUCUGCUCAAGGACCCUGAUCCUGGUGCUAAUUACGCCAAGCUCAUGGAGGAGUAUGAAGCUAAGAGGAAUAUGAAUAUGCCAACCGAGGUCAUUAUGGUUGAGGAUCCAGAGGAAGGAAGAGAAGGCAAGACUCUAGUCAGGCCCAUUAAUGCUAUAUUGACACCACUUCAAGUUGUUCAGUAUGCUUACAAGUACUUCAAUAUCUUCAAGGGUGUUCUUGUUGAUCUAAUCUUCACAAUUCAAGAGCGCGACGAGAGCAGGGCGUUCUUCGACUCGCUGACCGCAGAAGAUGCUUUAAGAAUCAUCGAAGUCGAGCUCGGCCUCAUAUAUGAUUCUAUGUUCACCAAAGCAGAGAUCCUGCAUAACAAGACUGGAGUUGUGUUCCGUUUUAUAGCCUUGGGGUGCCUUGUUGCGUCUCUCUGCUUCUUCAAGAUGACUAAGAAAAACCAAUAUGAUGGAUUCGAUAUUGCCCUUACUUACGCGUUGCUCAUAUGUGGAAUAGCUCUUGAUUCCAUUGCUCUUCUCAUGUUCUGUGUGUCUGACUGGACCAUUGCUAGAUUGAGGAAUCUAAAGGAGGACUUGUACGAGAUGGACACAUGGGUAGACGGAGUUUUUAAUUGGAUCCUCGAUUUCAAGACGGUGAGGUGGAGAAGAUCCAAAUGUUUUGGGGACGGAGGACAUGAAGUGCUCAACAGAAACUUUAUGUUCCGUAGAUGGUCUGAGUAUGUUCAUGCUUACAACUUGAUUGGAUUCUGCUUGGGGAUACGUCCCGUGAGAAUCCAUCAUACCAAGGGUAUAAUACGCAGUUUCUUUGACAAGACCAUUCACUUUUUGUGCAUAGAUAUUGUCAUCAACAAUGUCACGAGAGGAACUGGCCGGUUUGGUCGCUUUCUCACUGAUUUGUCCAAAAAGGACAAUCAGGUAAUGCGUACAAUUCUCCUUUUGCCUCGUCUCCUCGUACUAUUGAUCUACGAUUUCCUAGACUUUUUCGGUAUCAAAGAUUUGGUUGAGGAGAUAAGAUUCACAGUCAGUGAUCGCCUCACCAAAGAACUAUGGGAGUUCAUAUUCACAGAGGUGCAACAAAAACACAGAUUUGCUGAAGACCAAGAAAGUGCAAAGGCUAUAUCUUCAGCUAGAGGAAACUGGACUCUAGUUGAAACAUCAAGCAAAAAAACCGAAACCGGAUUAGACCAUGCGGUACUUCUACAGUAUGUAACAGAAAAGGAUUACGAUCAGAGCAUUCUACUAUGGCACAUCGCCACAGAACUCUUCUACCAAGACCAGAUAAAGAUUCAAGCCACCGAGAAAGAAGAACACAGUUACCGAGAGUUCAGCAAAAUCCUUUCUGACUACAUGAUGUACCUCAUCAUAGUGCAGCCAACUCUGAUGUCAGCUGUUUCGGGAAUCGCAAAGAUACGUUUCGUAGACACAUGUGCGGAGGCGAAAGACUUUUUCAAGAGGAGGAAUAUAUACAAAUCAAAGAAUGAAGGAAAUGAACUUGUGAACGAAGCCAGUCGAGUUAUUCUAUCUGUCAACACAGAUGUUGAGCCUAUGGCUGUGAAAGGAGACAGAAGCAAAUCCGUGUUUUUUGAUGCAAGCGUGCUUGCAAAGGAGCUGAGGCGGUUAAAAGAUGAAGGCGAAAACAUGUGGGAAGUAGUAAGCAAAGUCUGGGUUGAGAUGCUUUGCUAUGCAGCGAUUCAUUGUAGCUCUCAAGAACAUGCUUCCCAACUCAGCAAAGGGGGCGAACUCAUCGACUUUGUCUGGUUACUAAUGACUCAUUUUGGACUAGGAGAUCAGUUCCAAAUCAACAGGGAUGAUGCAAGAGCCAAACUGAUAGUGGCCAAGUGAUUAUACUACACAAACUCAGUUUCUUCAGCUGCUUCAUUUUUUGUUUCCUAUGUUUUACCUUUUUGAAUAAUUUGCGCACUUGUAGUGUAAUAAACUUCAUCUAUCAAUUUCAUUCAA